GCAUAUUAUAUCCCCUGAAUUAUUAUAAUUCUUGUCGAAAGAUUAUAAUUAAAUGAUUAUUUAUUUUAGUUGUAAUUUUCAUUUAUUUUGUACAUAAACUCUAUUGUUAAGUUUUAUGAGCGACAAUUAAAGUAAAAUUUAAAAAAAUGGCGAAUGGUGUGGGAUUUAUGCCUGAAACAGAACUAAUUAUAAGUCAAUUAGAAAGAGGCACACUUAUAACAAAAUUUUUUACACGAAAAAGGCCUGAGAAAAAAAUGCUGAAAAUUUUAAGAGAAACACGACAAUUAGCUUGGUAUCGAACAACAGCUGAAAAUAGAUCAUUAUAUGAAGGCGAAUUGCAAUUACGUUCUGUGAAAGAAAUUCGUCCUGGGAAAAAUUCAAAAGAUUUUGAAAGAUGGCCUGAGGAAGCAAAAGAUAUUGAUAAUUUACGUUGCUUUGUUAUAUUUUAUGGUUCUGAAUUUAAAUUAAGAGCUUUAUCAAUUGCUGCAUUAUCUGAAAGAGAAUGUGAUCUUUGGCUUCGAGGCUUACGAUAUUUACAUCCGGAUACAAUAAAUUCGCCGUAUCCAAUUCAAGUGGAAAGAUGGUUACGACGAGAAUUUUAUAGAAUGCAAAAUUGUCAUGAUAGGGUUACGUUGAAAGAAGUUAAAGCUUUUUUACCACGAAUAAAUUGUAAAUUACCAACAAACAAAUUACGGGAACUAUUUCAGAAGGUUGAUGUUAGAAAAAGAACUGAGUUAGGAUUUGAUGAUUUUGCUACGUUAUACCAUAUGCUAAUGUUUAAUGAAAAUAAUAUCCAUGAUUACAUUGAUCGUUUCGCGUAUUAUUCGGAAAAUGGUACAACUGUAACGUUACAAGAAUUUCAACGAUUUUUAAAAGAUGAGCAAAAAGAUAAUUUGGGCGAUGAUUUACGACAAGUAUCGAAAUUUAUGCGUGAAUAUUUACAAGAUGCACAACGUGACGUACAAGAACCAUAUUUUACAACAUCAGAAUUUUUAGACUUUUUAUUUUCAAAACAAAAUGAUUUAUGGGACACAUCUAAGGAUGUUGUUUAUCAAGAUAUGAAAAGACCAUUAUCACAUUAUUGGAUUGCUUCGUCACAUAAUACAUAUUUAACUGGUGAUCAAAUUUCAAGUGAAUCGUCCUGUGAAGCUUAUGUACGAUGUUUACAUAUGGGCUGUAGAUGCAUUGAAUUAGAUUGUUGGGACGGAUACGAUGGAAUGCCAUUCAUUUAUCAUGGUCAUACAUUAACUACAAAAAUCAAAUUUGUAGAUGUUAUUAAAAUUAUUAAAGAACAUGCGUUUGUUACCUCCGAAUAUCCAGUCAUUUUAUCAAUUGAGGAUAAUUGUUCACUACCACAACAGAGAAAAAUGGCAUCUGUAAUGCAAGAAAUUUUUGGUGAUAUGUUGUUAACUCAUCCUGUAGAAAAAAAUGAAAAACAACUACCUUCACCAUAUCAAUUACGUCGAAAAAUUAUUUUAAAACAUAAAAAAUUACCAGAAGGGCAAGAUGAAAAUUCUGUUCUAAUACAAAAUGAUUCAACGGAUUGGGACAUGGAUUUAAGGAAUACAGUGAAAAAUGGUAUUAUGUAUCUAGAAGAUCCUGUUGAUAAGGAAUUGAAUCCACAUUUUUUUGUGUUAACGAGAAAUAAAUUGAUUUAUACUGACUCACAUCCUCUACAGGAAACCGACAGGGACGAAGAAGACGAACAUGGUUUUAUGCGACAAAAAGAAGGUGUCCCAACCGAUGAAUUACAUUUUGGGGAAAAAUGGUUUCAUGGCAAAUUACCGGGUGGACGUAACGAAGCUGAGAAUUUAUUAAAAGCAUAUUCAUAUCUAGGUGAUGGUACAUUUCUUGUACGUGAAAGUGUCACGUUUGUUGGUGAUUAUUGUUUAUCAUUUUGGCGUCAAGGUGUCAAUCAUUGUCGUAUUAAAUUAAAACAAGACAAAGGUCAAACUAAAUAUUAUUUAAUUGAAACAACAUGUUUUGAUAGUUUAUAUAGUUUGAUCACACAUUAUCGUAAUCAUCCAUUACGUACACAAGAAUUUUUAAUUACGUUACAAGAACCUGUACCACAGCCAAACAAACAUGAGGGUAAAGAUUGGUAUCAUGCAAAUGUUACGAAAUCACAAGCAGAAGAAAUGUUGAAUCGUAUUCCAAUUGAUGGUGCUUUUCUUGUUCGUCCUAGUGAAAAAGAUGCCAAUGCGUUUGCUAUUUCAUUCAGAGCUGAUAAGCAAAUCAAACAUUGUCGGAUACGUAUGGAAGGCCGCUUAUAUACUAUAACUACAGUAAAAUUUGAAAGUCUGGUAGAGCUAGUUGAAUAUUAUGAACGCCAUCCAUUAUAUCGUCGAGUCAAACUUAGUUGUCCGGUUAAUGAAGAAUUGUUACGAAUAUCAGGAACGGAUUCAACUGAAAAUGGAAUGAUGGUUUAUGGGACACCCGGUUAUAUGGAUCCAGCCAGUUUUACUUCAAGGAUUACAGUCAAGGCGUUAUAUGAUUAUAAGGCUCAUCAAGAAGAUGAAUUAUCGUUUUGUAAACAUGCAAUUAUUAGCAAUGUGGAUAAACAAAGUAAUGGUUGGUGGCGUGGUGAUUAUGGUGGUAAAAAACAACAUUGGUUUCCUGCAAAUUAUGUUCAACAAUUAGAACCACAAGAAAGUGUUGAUGAUAAUUCAUCGGACACAUUAUUAUUAGGGAGCUUACAAAAAGGCAGUAUUGAUAUAACUGGCGCUGUAGUAGAAACUGUUCGAAUCUCAGAUAUUCGACCCGAUUAUGAAUGGAUGUUAAGAAUACAAAAUCCAACGAUGGUUCAACCAUUUGAAACAAUUUUGCAAUCACAAGAACAGGCUUUAGAUUGGGAAAUGUCAAUAAAAGAAACAGCACAAAAUGCAUCUGCUCGUGAAUCUCAACAUAAAGAAAUGGAACGUGUCUGGAGGAUUGCAAAAGAAAUUUCUGAUUUAAUUAUAUAUUGUCGAUCUGUAGCAUUUAAUAUUGAACGUUCACGAUAUUCAACAUUUCAUGAAAUGUCAUCAUUCUCGGAGAGUAAAGCUGAAAAAUUGAUGUGUCAGCAAGAAACGAAAUUUUUUUUGAAGUAUCAUCAGACACAAUUUAGUCGCGUGUUUCCAAAAGGACAACGUAUAGACUCAUCCAAUUAUAUUCCAGUACCAAUGUGGAAUGUUGGUUCACAAAUGGUAGCAUUAAAUUAUCAAACACCUGACAAAGCAAUGCAAAUAAAUCAGGCAAAAUUUCGUGAUAAUGGUGCAUGCGGUUAUUUAUUAAAACCGGAUUUUAUGUUUCAUGAUGGCUUUGAUCCAUGUGAUGCAAAAACUUUAGUCGGUGUUGAAACAGUAACAAUAUCUAUACGAAUUAUAGGUGCUAGACAUUUGAGUAAAUCAAGUCGUGGUCUUGUUAGUCCAUAUGUAGAAGUGGAAGUUAUCGGUGCUGCAUAUGAUUCUGGAGUGAAAUUUACUUCAAAAACUGUUUCUGAUAAUGGAUUAAAUCCUUUGUGGAGCGAUGCAAUUUGUGAAUUUGAUAUAGCAAAUCCAUCGUUUGCGUUAUUACGUUUUCUCGUACGUGAUGUUGAUGUUUUUGGAGAUCCUAAUUUUAUUGGACAAGCCAUCUAUUCCGUGGCUUGUUUACGUACCGGUUACCGCAGUGUAACUCUUAAGGAUGUGUAUAGUGAAGAUCUGGAAUUAUCAUGUUUAUUAAUACAUAUCAGUAUUAAAAAUAAAAGUUCAUAGAAUAAUUUUUUAAGAGCGAAAAUAUCAUAUUGUAUUAUUAUUAUUAUUAUUAUUAGUUGUUGAAUAAUGUGUUAAUGUGUUGAUAUUUAAAAAAUAGUGUAUGUGUUGUAACCAAGGAGCCUUAUUCAACGUGAUUACCCAUUGCUCUUUCAGUCAUUAACCGAUAAUACAUUCGUUUGUUUCUUUAGCUUACACUAUUUAAUUUAUUAAAAGACUAUCCCUUUCUACUUACACUGUGUGUAAGAGCGUAAAAAGUGUAUGUAAAAAGAACAUAUUAUAAUAUAUUAAUUUUAUCUUUAAACUACGUAUAAAAUUAUUUCAGCAAAUUUUGUGGAUAAGAAGAUUUUACGAUAAAAUUUUCAAAUGUCCAUCGAUUCUAUAUUUAUAAACGUUUUGUGUAUGCUUGAGUUCUAGCGGCUAAACUUUUAGUCAGAAUACUUGAGCGGAAUGGAAUUCGGAAUCUGUUUAUGAACAACAAAAACAAGGCAAUUCAAGGAUACAAAUUUAAGUGGCUAUUGUUAAGGUUGUGUGUGAUAAAUUUUCCUCGAUGAAAUGUGUCAUAGUCAGGAACUUCUAUUUUAUGGGGUUCAGGAAAUGUUUUAAUUGCGUCACAAGCUUAAAAUUGAUGAAUAUUCAUUGGUGGCGAUAUUUGUAUAAGAUAGUGACAGCAUAGGCUAGGGGCUAGGUUAGGUCAGGGAUAGCGAACCAAUGGUAUGCGUGCCACCGAUCACAAAGUUCAUUGUGAAGUAUUAUAUUACGAACGAACGCGAGUGAUCCUAUGAACGCGCGCUUGUUUGUUAUUGUAGUUAGUUACAUCGUGGAAUACAAUUGCUAAUGGCGAAUAGUCAUUCCUCGACAGAGUAAACUUUUUUAGAGGGACAUUAUUCCAAUAACCAUAAAGUCAAAAAUAUUUGACACGUCCAUGGCCUAUGACAUUUGGCACGUCUAUCUCAUUAAACAAUUCUUUAGAAAAAAUGGCAUGUUGAUACACAAAGAUACACCAGCCCUGGGUUAGGAUAUAUUGGCUGUCUCUGAGAGAGACAAACAAAAAUCAUUUCUUCCGACACUCGGCAAGGAUAUUCACUGUUCGACACUCUAAAAAUGUUAAUUUUUAGAGUGUUGGUGGACAAAUUGCAUUUGUUAUUCACCUAUGCGACCUCAAAACCUUCGAAAUAUUUCCUUUUUGACUUCAACCUAAUGUGCUACUUUUGAGUCUAUCAACUAAUGGCUAAAAGAGCGCUAUAUAAUCACACGUUAUUGUAUGACAAGUUAUAAAUCAUAAUUCCUAUUACAAUAACAAUUCGAAAAAAUAAUUAGGAUUGCUAAUAUGCUUCUAGUAUCCGAAUAAUUUAUAUUUUGUAUAAAAUUAAAUAACUUGUUAAGAAUUUGGUUGAUAGUAAAUAGUUAACGUAAUUUAUGUUUAAGAAAUGUUAAAAAGAAUAAUUUUAUUAAUGAAUUUUCAUCGAUACAUGAAACAAGUCUAUUGGAAUUUGGAAACUCGUAACGAUAUAAAACUUAUCGACAUUGAAAUAUAUACUUUUCACUUAAUAUACGAUUAACCUCUCUUUAAAAAUCGUAAAAAAUGGGGUAAUAACAGAGGCUACCUCCAUCCUUAUUCUUAACCUUUAUUAAACUACUCUCAAUUACUCUACAAUAAUCUUGAUUUUGUUUUUAAUGUGAUUUAUACCAGACAUUUGUCUGAGAGUUGGUGUAGAGAACCUACAAACAUUUUUUAAAAGCAUGGUCGAUUACUUCGUUUUUAUCCACGUAACGACAAUGUAAUCAUUUAAUCACCCCGUUCCUAGUUCCAAACAAGUGAGAAUUUAUACUCUAACGACUCACCCAUUCUGCUACCAAUAAGAAGCUUAUGGAAAAAAACUUUUGUUAAGACAAAACAAGAACAGUUCCUUUUCAAGGAUAUUGAAACAGGAACAUAGGGGAGGAACUAAAAGGAUAUUACCUUUAUAAACUAUCUAAUAAUUUAACUGGCAGUUAUUUUUCAUGAGUAUUUGCUUUAAGAAAACGCAGAAAAAGUAAGAAGUUCUACCAAAAGUAAUUUUUAAUUAGAUGGUUUAUAAAUUGAAAAUAAAUAAAUUAUUGGCAUCAAUUACUUUCUGUUUAUCAAUCAAAUCUCUUAAACAGGGAGAUGUUAUAACAAGUGGUGAAUUUCAAGAUCAUGAAUUAUUUGAACAGUUCUGUUGCCCAGUUGAAAGAGUUUAAUUUUUUAAGAUCGCUAUCAGGUGCCCGACCAAAACUGUAUUAACAUGUUGCCUGAGAUAACAAAUGUUCAUUUUACGUUAAUCUAAAAGCGAUUACUUUAAAUAUUGAACCUUUACGGCUUAACUGUAGGUGCUAGGCUAUUCAGGAGAUCUUACUGCUUGGACAACAAGAUCAACAUUUUGUCAAUGGACAUCCCACGCAAUCCAUUUUUGUUAUAUCCUCUCUCUAGCUAUCUUAAAUAGGAUAGUAUUGAAAAUUAAAUUUUUUAU